UUUGAAGAUCGUCCUCCUCAAGACCGUCAUCCGUUCACUGUGACUGAUCACCUGUUCUAUCUCAGCAUGCUUCAAUGGCUCUUUGCACUGAGCACUGCCCUGCCUUCAUCUUUCUCUGCACCUGCGCCUGCAACUGUCCCUGCACUGACAUUGCGUGAGAAUGGCGAUGCCGUCAUACCCAAAGUCAAGAACACGACUCUGUACGGUCCAGUGACGGAUCCGUCACUGGUUCGAGAUUCAUGUGGAUCCGUGGGGUGGAACGCCGGUCGAGUCUUGUGGGUCUGUCGAGACACUCAGAAUCUCGGUACAGAUGGGUUGCCGACAUUCCCAGUAUACACCAGCUCGGCAAGUUAUACCGAUUUCAAUAGUGACGGCUCGAUACCGUGGCAAUCUGUCCCUACGAACCCUUUCAACUACAUGUCCGAGUGGAUCAUGUACGGGAACAAUCAGAAUCGAUCAUUUUACCCUAUUCAGUACGAUGAAUGUAACUCUAAUCAAGCUGGACAAUGCGGCGAUAUGUCCAGAUAUGCCCUCUGGCCAGAUUAUCCACCUAUGGUCAGCGUCAUAAACGCCGACGGAUCCAUCCUAGCUUACACAUGGAUCAAAAAGAGUCACAUCACGCCGGAUCUAUCUUCCCUCGUCGCUGAUCCCGCUGCUACACUGUAUAGAGUAUGGUAUCAACCAGAAGUAGAGGGUACAUCCGGACCGACAUUGCCAGAAGUCGAAGUCGUCCAAGAACAAUUCUGGCCCCAAAACUCGUUUGCCUAUGGAGACUAUGGGAAUAUCGUCAGGAACGGGACAGCUUACCUCUACGCUCAAUCUUCGAAUGGAACCAUCUCACUCGCCAAAGUUGGAGUCAACGAUGUGGAAGAUCGAUCCAAGUAUCAAUAUUGGGUAAACAACUCGUGGACAUCAACCGUCCCGGCCCUCAAUACCUCGGGAAUACAAGUCAACGCAACGUACGGUGGUCAGGGGACAUUCUACUAUAGCUAUCCCUGGCAAUCCUACGUCUGGAUCGGACAACAAGGACAUACGGUAGAUCCAGACUUUUGGAUCACGACUGCUCCUGAACCUUAUGGACCUUGGACCACUCCCACUCAUAUCCUAUCGGUUCAAGCUGGUAACUAUUCUCUCGGUGCAUACUCGAUGCAGGCACACCCUGCUUUGGUAUCGAGCCCAUGGACAAACGAGAUCUAUGUGUCGUACACCAAGAACGAUAUCGUACAGAACAAGAACCUCUACACACAGCCAUUGAUAAAGAUUGAAUGGGAAUAAGGGUCGCAUCAAGCCAGCCCCUCCGAUGACAAAUGGAUAUAAUGCAUGCGACAA